CCAGUUAGUUAUGAGAAAUUCAGAAAUUUGUUAAAACUACACGCAGAAAGUUGUAGGAACGUCUGACAAUCUAGCAUUCAGCGAGUUCUAGAAGCUGAGGAUAAUGGAAGAUUUAGUAAUUGGUAUUGAUCUUGGUACGACGAAUUGCUGUGUUUCGCUAUAUCGUAAUGGUAACAGCAAGGUACUAGAAAAUGAUAGCGGAGAUCGUCUCACACCAUCUUUUGUGUUCUAUACCAAUCUGGGUGUUCCAACAGUUGGAAAACAUGCCAGGCAACAAGCCGAAUCCAACCCAGAAAAUGGAAUUUAUGUUAUAAAACGACUGAUUGGAAAAAAAUAUGACGAGGCUUCCAUCCAACAUAAACUUAAUAGCCUUCCAUUCCAAAUGGAAUUUAACAGUUCCUACGACCCUAUAAUCGUAAUAAAGCAAGGAAACCAAAUUAUAAAAAAGUCUCCACAAGAAUUAUGUUCGAUUAUUCUCCAAAAGUUAAAAAACGAUGUUGAAAAAAAAAUGGGAGUGGAAGUGAAUAAAGUGAUAAUUACAGUUCCUGCAUACUUUAAUGUUUUACAAAGGGAAGCAACUUUAGCUGCUGCUCAGAGUGCCGGAUUUACCGUGUUAAAGUUGCUCAACGAACCAACUGCUGCUGCUUUGACAUAUUACAAUGAAAAAGACACCAGCGAAACAAAUUAUUCGUUAGUAUAUGAUUUAGGAGGAGGAACAUUUGACGUUGCAAUUCUGAAAAGGAAGGGACACGAUAUUGAAAUUAUCUGUGUAAAUGGAGAUACAAACUUAGGGGGACAAGAUAUUGACAAUUUACUUAUAGAUUAUAUAUCUGAUAAAUUAAGAAAAUCAUAUAAUUUUGAAGCAAAAGAAAAAGAUGAACACUGUAUAUUACGCAAUAAGUGUGAAGAAGCUAAGAAAAGUCUAUCGUUCUUUGAGGAAAUUACAAUAACUUUGAUUGGCCUUGUCGAAAAUCAAAGAAAAGUUGAGAUACACUUGAAACGGGAAGAACUUGAAACAAUUGCUGAUGAUUUGUUCCAAAGAACUAUACAAAUAGUUGACGAGUGUGUAAAAACUUCCAAAAUUCCAAAAAAUUCUAUAGACGAAGUGAUUCUUUCCGGUGGAUCUACGCGCAUACCAAAAAUUCAGACGGUACUUUCUGAUUAUUUUGAAAAAAAAAAAUUAAAUACGUUUGUGAAUCCUGACGAAUGUGUGGCUGAAGGGGCCGCAAUUCAAGCAGCUAUGGUUUCGAAAAACCCAGAGCAAAGUAUUACCAAAAUUCAAAUGAGUGAAGUUAUUCCUUUAUCAAUUGGGACUGGAGAUCAAGUAGGCCGAAUGCGUUUUUUGAUCAACAGAAAUACGCCUAUACCAGCGUUCGGUACAGUUACAUUAAAUACAGCUAAACGUAAUCAAACAAGUGCGUUGAUUAACGUAUAUGAAGGUGAACGUACAAAUGUGCAAGACAAUCGAUUUUUGGGUAAAAUGACCAUAGAGAACUUGACACCGGCGCCUCCACGCCAUUGCACUGUAAAUAUUUCUGUAAAUGUUGACGAGAACGGCAUUUUAAGGGUCAGUGCACAGGAAGUAAAACAGCACGGAGAAAACAGUAAAGAAAUUAAAAUAAAUUAUGUCAGAGGAAACAGAAGUCAGGGUGAAAUUAAAAACACCUUAACUGACGCAGAAGAAUGCAAGGAUAAAGACGAAUGCUUUAUUAGAUUUGCCGAAAAGAAACGUUAUUUAAUCAAUUACUGUGAAAGUUAUUUGUACAAUUUAAUUGCUAAAAAUAUUAUCGACAAAUACCGUAACAUUUACGAAUCAUGCAAAGAAACUAAAAAAAAGGUGAAAUUACUGAACCUUGAGGAGGAAAACGUCAUCGAAAAGCUGAUAAUAAACACCCGAAUGCAGUGUGAAGAAAUAGCUAAAGAGCAUAAUUUUGAGUUUAUGCCGAAAUCUAUCAAUGUUACCACCGACUUGUCGGACGAUUUUCUUCGUAAUCUUAACCUCAACAACUAAAACAUAAAGCUUAUUGUAUGUUUUUUUAUAUCACGAACACAAAUUCGAUGCAGUACCAGUAACAAGGUAGUUUGUUUGUACCGAAUUCAAGUAUAGCUCCAUAUAACAAGAAGAGACAAGUUAAGUUUAUUGGUUUAAUAAACUUGUUUUUAAAAAGAACUUUUCUUUUAUUCACAAAUAUU